AUCAGAAUUUGAAUAGAAUAUAAAAGAAAAAAUUGGUGGGAGUUUGUAUGAUUAAUCUCACUGUAUGUUUCCCGAUAACUGUGUUGAAUAAAAACAAAAAUAAAACUAUAAUCGCCAAUUGUGCAAUACAGUUACUGAUUAGAAGGUCCUAUAGGUAGGAGUCACGUCGAAUAAUAUCGAAUAGGUAAACAUUUAUUUCGUAAUAAUAGCUAAAUAUGUUAAUUGUUAAUUAAUAUUAUAACCAUUAUAUAAAUUAUAAAUGUACCUAAGUAUUUAUUAUGCAUUUAAAAAACAAUUCAACUUUUUAACGACUGACCACCUGCAGGUAUCAGACAAUUCCUAUAAAAAAAUACUCAACAACAUGUAAAAAUAUUAUCAAAAAAACAAAAAAUGAUCAAAAUUGUUCAAAGUCAGGGUCAAUUCAUUAUGGAAUCAAAGUUAUGUCGACAGAAAAAUGCUAUGAUUUCUUUAUCAAAACCAAAAUAUAAAACGUCUCUACCGGAAAAACAGAACACCUGGGGUAACCUAUUAAAUAAAAAAUCAGUCGGUACUAAUACAGCAAUAACUACCAAAAAUAAAGCUAAACAAUGUUCCUCUAUUCCUGAAAUGAAUACUAAAACAAUGACCAAGAGUGUACAAUGUAAUGAUUCACCUAUUGAUAAAGAAUGCAAAAGUUAUUCUUCACUUUCUGUAUUCAAUCCAAUCAGAACAUUACAAUUUUUACUAAAGGAAAUUAUGGAAUUCCCAGGUGUUCAAAAUGGAGAUAUUGGAAAAAUUGUUAAUGAAAUGCAAGUGGUUGUGGAAAGAAUUGUUGAAGAAUGUGCUGAAAAUUCACCUAGUUAUAAAUUAAAUAAUAUUCCAGCUAGUAGUUAUAACUUAAUGAUCCCAACAAAAGAUAAUGAUCAUUGUAACAAUCCAAAAAAUGAUAAUAAUUCUCAAGAAAGUAAACAUUUGUCUGUACUGCUAGGGAAAAUAUCAGAACUUGAAAAUAAUUAUAGUCAGCUGACAAAAGAUAACACUAAAUCUAAAGAAAAACUGCAGUCUGUGACAUCUGAAAGGGACAGAUUACUUGAGAAAUUUAAAGAAUCAUGUGAUUCGUUAGAAAUGUUGAAUAAUCGUGAACGUAAAUAUUUAGAUACAAUCACAGAACUUAAAUCCAGACUUAUAGCUUCAGAUAAAUUAAUUAGAAAUCAGGAUAUCAUCAUUACAGAUUUAAAUAAAAGAUUGAAUAAUUUACCAAUUAAAAACAAAGUAAAAGAGAAUGUGAAUGGAAAUAUUCCAACUGAACAACAUAAAACUUACAAAACAGUACUAAAAGAAAAUGAUGAACUUAACAAAAUCACUAAAUCAGAUUUGAAUAAAUUGGCUAUUACCAGUACUUUUAAAGAUAAGGAAGUCUCCAAGCUCAGAUCAGAUAUAAAACAGAUGAAGCAAAUUGUGUUAACUGGAUUAGAGAAUACUAACAUUAAAUCUGUGUCAAUGACAUCGUUAAAAUCGGAAGACAAUCUAAUAAAGGAUUUUCCCAAACACAGUGAAGAUAAUAAAAAAUAUGUAGACAAUGAUUUUGAUACACUAUAUUCUGAAUUUAAUAGAGAAGCAUCGGCCAUAAAAUUAGCUAAAACAGAACUUCAUCAGCUAUUUGAAACAAUUAAAACACAAGCUUAUCAAUCAAAAAACCUUUUCAAUUCCACUUUUGUUGAUAAUGAAAGAGUUUUAAGUGACAUUUCUGAUGAAGAAGAAGGCUCAAAUGUAUCAAACUUUAUGAGUAUAGUGACUCAUUCAAGUUAUUAGUUAUUUAAUGCACUCGAAAAAAAAAAUUUUAAAUGUAAAUAAAUGAAUAAAUAUAUAUAUAUACAUUAUACAGGAAUAUACAUUAAGCGUAAUUUUUGUUUUAUUAUUUAUUUAUUUAUUGUUAUUAGAUUUUAAAAACUUCAA